AUGUACACCACUGAGGAAAUCGAUGCCAAUCUGACAAAAGCUUUUUCGUCUUUGCAGGAUCAGUCUUACAAAGCCAUCGAAAGGAACGCAUCACGAAAAGACAAACCUGCAGCUAAAAUUGCCUCUGGCAUGACCACUUCCUCAAGUCAAGGAAUUUCAACUGACGAGGUUGCUCCCAAAAUAACGAAACAAGCAAAGGGUAGUGGGAAACCUCCCGUGACGCCAAACAAAAGGAAGAAAUCCAGUGGUGAUGCCGCCGUCGAAGAACAAGAAGAAAUUGCUUCUCCCAAGAAAAAAGGGAAGAAACAGAAGAAACACAAGGCAACGGUCUCCUCUUAUCAAGCCACGAACGCUGCUAGUGUCCAACUGAAAAUCGUUCCUCCAUCUCCCAAAGAAAGCCAGCCUCGGCCUUCUGGAAACUUAGUUCUAGAGUACAUUGAAAGCAACGCUUCUGAGCCUGAUACCCAACCGGAAACAACUGUAAUCCCUACUGCCAACAAUCAAGGUGCCCCCUCACAUGAAGGCAAUCAAUCUCCACCCCAAAGUAAUGUUGCCCAUAACAAAGGAUCUUCGACUGGAGCGCCGCUAUUUGAACGAAUUGACGCUCAACAAGAACCAGAGAUAUAUUCUCCUGUCGAAGACAUGGAAACGGAUGCGGCAUACGGUCAAGAGGCCAACUCAGGAGAUGAGGACUCUGAAGAAACUUCUAACAAUCUUCCUCUUCAUGCCAAUUUACCCAGAAAUUAUGAUGAUGAUCAAUCCACUGGGGACGCUGAACAUACUUCCAAGCAGAAUGAAAGAACGAUUGAGAAAGAGGUGGCUCCUGAAGUGAAUCAGGAUUCUCUUGAUGAAACCGCUGCUACCAACAUUACACAAACCAAUCCCACUCAAACUGCUGCAACCCAUAAUUCGACUUUGUCACUUACUGAAGAGGAAUUGAUCACUAUGAAGCAUAAAGAUCCUCUUGAAUACGUGAGGCUGAUGAUGGCUCAGAGGGAGUCCUCUUCUAAAAAGAGUAUGUAUGGGGCUUCGACUCCUUCUGGCACUAGCGCAUCUGAAACAUUCUAUGAUGAUCUCCUGAAGCAAGUGAAAGAGUCCAUUUUUGAAGUUGACUUCUUUGAGAAACUGAAGAUCGAAGUGAGUGCUAGUUCGAGCAUUAAGAAACUGAUAGGUAAGAUCAAUAUCACUGCUUGUCCUAGUGAUGUAGGUGAAACCCACAUCGAUAUCCCAAACCUGAUUAAUCAGGUCCAAGCAGAACGAAACAGAGAAGUGGACGCUACUGUGCAAAUCAAGUCAAUCGAACGCGCCAAAUCUACUGAAUUCGACGAAGCGCGUGUAGCCUAUGAAGCCUCCAAGAAAUUGCUCACUGACCAGUAA